GACGAAAUGGAUAUAUUCUUUGCGAGUGCCCAAGAGCAAGCACUCUCGUGUUCCCGGAUCCCUGAUCUCGAAUAGGUCAAUCUAGUCCUCCGUCCACACGAGCAGUGUCCUCGAGUCAAACUUUCUCCAUCUGCACUCGACUAUUCCCACUACCGCACUGCAAUCCACUGACCACAAUGGUCCGCGUCCUCAUCACCGGCUCCGCCGACGGCUUCGGCCUGGAAGCGGCCCGCCAACUCGUCCAGCGCGGCCACACCGUCUACCUGCACGCGCGCAACCAAGACCGCGCAGACCACGCCCAAGCAUCCUGUCCCGGCGCCGCGGGGGUCCUCAUCGCCGACCUCAGCAAUCUCGAAGCGACGCGCCACCUGGCCGAAGAAGCCAACGCCAUCGGCACAUUCGACGCGGUGAUCCUCAACGCGGGGAUGCUCUCCGGACCCUUCCGCAAAACCCCGGACACCGGCAUCCCGGCCAUGGUGUUUGUCAACGUGGUGGCGCCGUAUAUCCUCGCGUGCUUGCUGCAUCGCCCGAAACGGUUGAUCGUCAUCUCCUCGCAGUUGCACCGCAGCGCGCGGAAUACCGCCGUGGAGGAUAUUUUCUGGCGAAAGCGGGGCGAGCGCACCUUCCAGGAUUUCCAGGCGUAUUGCGAUUCGAAGUUUCAUGUUAUGUUGGUUGCGAAUGCGUUUGCGCGAUUGUGGCAGGGGACGUCGAGUGUGGUCUCUGUGCAUCCGGGGUGGGUGGCGACCAAGUUGGGGGGUGCGGGGGCGCCGGAUCGGUUGGAGGAUGGGGUCGAGACGUAUGUUAUGCUGGCGGAGGGGGAGUAUGAUCAGAGUAUCACGGGGGCGUACUUUGAGCCUAAGAGGAAGCGCGGUAGUGCUCUUCCAGCGACGCAGGACGUUGGGCUCCAGGAGAAGGCUAUUAGGGCCUGUGAGGAGGUCACGGGGUUGAAGAUGCCGGCUUAGCGAGGCAUUGGCUUCUCUGGCUUUCAGUUGUGGGAGAUUGUAUCAUAGAUUAUAGUACCUAUAGUAUAAUCGAGUUGUGGUAUCCUAUUCCUCGAUUACCUUCACAGAAAUUCUUUCUUGACUGUUGCGUCACCAAAAUGAAUAAAAAAGGUUUUGAGGGGAAUGCCAGUAGAAAACCUAUCUAAGACUCGCCACGGUCUUGAGGUUCUUGGAGUAAAGGGCUGGUAUUAACUCGUGUUGUUGAUUCACUCGAAUGCUUUGAGAGUCCUAUGAUAGUCUCAAAAUAAGAAAGCAAUAACUGUCAAGACCGAAAGAAAAGUUAUUGGCCAAGUUGCACUAGAUUAAUUUUCAAUGGCUU